UCUUUCUUUUCUUUCUUUCUUUUCUUUUCUAUUAUCCUCUCCAUUUUACUUCUUCUCAAAACACCCCACCAACUACAAUCAAGCUCGCCCUCCCCUCCCCUCCCACUAUGCCUGUCUUCCCAAAAUACGACCUUGAGAAACAAAGCAUCGAGCUCCCAGGAACGAAAACCCCGGGCGCUACUGGGCAUUACAGGCACGCUGCUUUCGCUGAUGAACUCGUUAGCCAUAUCCGCAGCGCACCUCAUGUUGAGACCCUCUAUGAGCUCUUUCAGCAUGGACUUGCUCAAUUCCCAGACAAAGAGUUCAUUGGCCAUCGUCCAUACAAUCCUACAACACGCACCUACGACAGCUUUACAUGGGAGACCUUUCAGCAGAUUGACCAACGCAUUAAUGCUUUUGGCAGUGGGAUCAUGCAUCUGAACGAAUCUUUCCUCGGAAACUCACAGCUGAACCGUUGGGCACUCGGUAUCUGGUCAUUAGGACGACCAGAGUGGUACAUCACGGAAAUGAGCUGCUACUUCUACAAUUUGGUUAAUGUCGCACUCUAUGAUACUCUUGGCCCGGAUUCAAUCGAGUAUGUUAGUAACCACGCUGAGAUCAGAGUUGUCGUUUGUAGCGCCAACCACAUUGUCGCCCUACUUAAGAUCGCACACAAGCUGUCAAGCUUGCAGGCCAUCAUCAGCAUGGAUUCGCUUUACGAUACCUCCCGUUCUGCUCCUAAUGCUGUCGUUGAUUUGAAUGUCAUCCGUUCCUUGAGUAAUGAGAAUGGCAUUAAAGUCUAUGACUUUGAGGAAAUCGAAGCCCUUGGAAAGGAGUUUCCGCGCCCACAUACCCCGCCAAAGAAGGACGAAGUGGCUACAUUAUGUUACACAAGCGGGACUACGGGCCAACCGAAAGGUGCCAUGCUGACGCAUAAGAAUUUCAUUGCCGCAGUCGGCACUUGCUAUGAGGGAACACACAUUGCCCCCGACGACGUAGUCCUCAGCUAUUUACCGCUAGCUCAUAUCAUGGGCCGUGUAGGGAUUCUGGUUAGUACAUCCGUGGGCUGCAAAACCGGAUUCUUUCAUGGAGAUAUGCUGGCGCUAAUGGAUGAUGUCAAUGAGCUCAAGCCAACGUUUUUCACAACAGUCCCUCGGUUAUUGAAUCGAAUCUAUGCUCGGGUUGUAGCGGCUACAGUAGAUGCACCAGGGGCUGUUGGUAAAUUAUCACGCCAUGCGGUAGCUGUGAAGCUUGCUAACCUUCACGCAGGGAAAGGUGUUCAUCAUCCGCUCUGGGACCGACUCUUGUUCAACAAGGUCAAGAUGGCCCUCGGAGGAAGAGUUCAAGUCCUGGGAACCGGAAGUGCCCCUGUCGCCAAGGAGGUCCUCGACUUUUUGAGAGUUGUUUUCAGCUGUGUCGUAGCUGAGGGAUAUGGCUCAACUGAAACAACAAGUAUUGCUACAGUUACACUCCCCGAUGAACACGUUUCUGGCCAUGUAGGCUGCCCUCGUCCUGGAAUAGAACUCAAACUUGUGGAUGUUCCAGAACUGAACUAUCUCACCACAGAUCAACCUUUCCCUCGAGGGGAGAUCCAGCUACGAGGAGCUCCAAUCUUCAAAGGCUAUUUUAAGGACGAAGCGAGCACACGAGAAGCUGUUGAUCCAGAGGGAUGGCUAGCCACCGGGGAUAUUGGGGUUAUGGAUGAUCGUGGAUGCCUUACGAUUGUUGAUCGCAAGAAAAACAUAUUCAAGUUAGCCCAGGGCGAGUAUGUUGCUCCAGAAAAAAUCGAGAAUAUCUUAACGGCUCGCUGCAAUUUGGUGAUGCAAAUCUAUGUGCACGGGGACUCACUUGAGAGUAUGCUCGUGGCUGUAGCCAUUCCCGAUCCGGAGACAUUCCUGCCGUUCGCUAAUGCUGUGGUGACAAGUGAAGGAAAUGAUGCUCAAGAGGUAAAGCCUGGUGAUAUGGAGGGGUAUGCUCGACUCUUGAGUGAUCCCAGAGUCAAAGCGGCGUUUAUACAGGAGUUAGAAAAGGCAGGUCGAGUUGGAGGUCUGAAUGGAUAUGAGUUGGCCAAGAAGGUUCAUUUGACAACGGAUAUGUUCUCAGUCGAGAAUGGAAUGGUCACACCAACGCUCAAGAUCCGCCGACCGCAAGUCCGAGAAUACUUCAAAGAGCAUAUCCAGGCCAUGUAUGAGGAGCUGCGACAGAUGGUGUCUGCUAAACUUUAAAUGCUUAAACAAAAAAAAAAAAAAAAAUGAAGACGGUGAUUAUGG